AUGGACUUCGAUGGCAAGGAUGUGAAGAUGCUGGAUUUGCGAGUCUUUGAGUUCUCUGAUUUGGGAAUAUUCCAAAAAAGUGCAAUGUACUUUGUUGGUGCGGAUCUCUUCGGCAUCUACGAGGAAUCUGAAGUAAAGAGUCCCGAGAAGAGUCCAAUGGAGAAGUCGGUCAAGGAAGUUCCGACCUCUACAAGGCUCGUGCGGACUGCCUCCAUGAUUUCGCCCGAUGAAGUGCUGAAGGAGUUGUCGAUGUGGGAACUUGAAAGACGCACAAAUCUCUUCAAGUCUCAUUGGAAAGCGCCGUAUUGGCCACAUGAUGGUGCGGCCAAGAUGAAAUGGGUCGCCUUGGAAGGCAAUGCUUACAUACGCCAUCCCUUCAUCCCUGUGAGCAUGGCAGAGGAGAAGAUUGCCGUUAUGGGCAACACGGGAUGGCUGCCUUAUUGUGGAUCCGUGAGCUUUGUACGGCGAAGGUGUUGGCAGCCGUGCUUCUACACGGAUGCUGAUGAUGACGCAGCUCCGGCAACUGCAAAAGAGACCAUCUUCGAGCAGGUUCUUGGUGAAAUCUCUCUGGAGCUUCUCGGCCAGUCAUUGGAAAGUGAUGAUUGGAAAGAUCCAGAUUCCUUGAUGGCCUUCUACUGGGAGGAGACCGGUGCCAUGGACCUGGACAUAAGCCCCUGGAGUGAUGGCAGUAGCUUUGCAUCAGCGGUGAAGGGAAAGGUCCGAACGAUUGAAAUGCGUUCUCCAGAGACAAGAGUGCAGAGUACAUGGCACAUUGUUGUCCUGCCAGACCAGGUUCUACUUGAAAGUGUGACAAUGUCGCUAGAUGUUCCUUGUGGCACCAUGUUCAACGUCAUUUCCUGCGACAGCUUCACUAUCAAGGAUGGAAAACUCAAGAUGUCAAGGACUGUGGUACCGCGGGCUCCUCCUGUUGGCUGUAUCCCAAAGUCACGUUGGGCUAUUGGAAUAAGUCGGAGUGUCAGACAGUUUCCAUUGGUGCUUCUUCAACUCACAAUCCCUCCAAACUUGCAUGUACUGUCAUGGUGCUGGCAGUUGGCACUGCUGGUGCGAGCCACUUAA